AUGUUCUCAACUAUACGGUGUUUUGCAACAUCUUCAAAUUCAAUAAAUCAUUAUCAACUAUUAGAAUUACCAAUAAAUGCAUCAUUAAAAGAAAUAAAAUUACAAUUUAAAAAAUUAUCAAAAAAAUAUCAUCCAGAUUUAAAUCAACAUUUAUCAGAAGAUGAAAAAAUUUCAAAUACUGAAAAAUUUGCAAAAAUGGUAGAAGCUUAUGAUACUUUAAAAGAUAUUAAACGUAAACGACAAUAUGAUCAAACAUUAAGAGGAUCACCUAAUGGAAAUGGAUCAAGACGAUCUAAUGAAUAUAAUCGAUAUUAUGGAGAAGCAAAAUAUUAUUCAAAAAAUGGUACAACAUAUACAACAGCAUCAGGAUUAAAUACAAAAAGACAUAAAGUAAAAUAUGCAACAAAUGAUUAUCAAACAACUCAAUCAAAAUUUUCAGGUCAACAUAUAAAUCAUGAUAAAUUUGAUGUACCACAUUUUGAUUAUGAUAAACAUUUAAAUAGAAAUUUAAAACAUGAACAAAGAAUUUUAGAUAAAUAUUUAGAUGAAAAUUUAAAGAAAAAAAUUUUAAAUCAAUUAACAAAAUCUGGUAAAAUUAACAUAUCUGAAGAAUUAAAAACAAAACAUUUAUUACGUCAUGUAAAUCAAAUAAAAGAAAAUGAUCAUUAUGAAUUAGGACCUAAGAUUAAGAGUCAAAAGAAAACUGUUAAUAAUUAUCCAAAUGUAAAAUAUGGUGGGAGUACAAAUUAUAGAGGUGCUGCUACAUAUCUGAAUUUAUAUCAAAAACCUGUAAAUGAUGAUGAUAAUCCAUUUAUUAAAGUUUUUGCUGCAUUAGGUGCUGGUACAUCAUUAUAUAUCUUAUAUAAAAUAAUAAAUUAA